AUGAAUGCACUGGUCAUACUCGCGGUUAAGACUAUACACCGAUUGAAAACCAAGACAAACACUGCACUCGCGUGUUUGUCGACUACUGAUUUGGCAAUGGGAGUGAUCGGUCAACCUGCUUUCAUCUUUUGGGUGAUCGCACAAAUGCAAGGAAGCACGUCUGCUACGUACUGUAUAAGAACACUUUUAUCAACGAUCCUUUUGAGGGUGUUGGGUUUUGCGUCGCUGUCUCACUUGGCCAUGAUCAACGUGGAGAGGUUCAUAGCCAUCAAACAUCCCCUGAGUUACGAGACUAUCGUCACCAAGAAUCGCCUUGUAUGUUUGUCUGCACUUCUGUGGGUGAUGGUGAUAUCUUUAACAGUGCCUUUCCCUUUUGUUGAUAAUAACGAGAUUUUCAUUAUAGCUGACAUUAAUGUAAUAUCUUUAUGCCUAGCCACAGUUUUCUUUUGUCAAGUCGUACUUUUCUACGAAACACGUCGGCAUGAAAAACAAAUAGCUACCCAACAAGUCUCUUUGGAAGCCAGAGAGAAGUUUUUGAAGGAGAAAAAAGCCUUUAAAGUGACAGCAACGGUACUGUUCUUUCUAAUAUUAUGUUUUUUGCCUUUAAUGUUCGCAUAUCUGAUACGAGCAUCAAAUUCUAUAACAACUUCAGUUGAUUUAAAAUACAUCGCUCUCUCUACAGGCCUUACUUCGGCAGUUUUGAAUUCGAUGGUUAACCCAAUUAUUUAUUGUGUAAGAAUCAGACAGUUUCGUGUUGCGUUUAUUCAGCUUAUCUUUCAAAAAAGCAGCGCGGGAGCUGAAAACAUGGAAAAACGAGUUUUUCGAAGACGAAACCGCGCCGUGGUACCGCAUCAGGAAGGGUCCCAAGCACAGUAAGACAGUGAGCAAACCUACUAAGGGAUUACUCGGAUUAGAGUUUCAAUUUCAUUUCAUUUUAUUCUAAAAUUGAAGCAAAGCUGACACAGGCAAACAUAUACAAUGACAUGAUAAAUUUGUGGCGUUCAGGGUAAUUAAUUUCAGUUUUACAAGUAAAUUUGAUUGCUGACUUAAGCUGUAGAGGCAUUAAAUGCACGCGAUAGCAAUCUUUAAUUAAUAUAUCAAAACAUCGUAAAUAUAUCUUAAACAUAUAUACUUUAGAAAGGUUACAGAAGUUAUAUAAGUAUCGAAUUAAAAGAAGCUAUGAAGAUUAUAUUAAAGAAAAGUAAAUAAACUAUGCAAAUAGAUGAGAAUUACAACAAAAAGACAACAACAACAACAACAAGCUAGAGUUACAAAAAUGGUCUACAAGACAAAUUUACUAAAGAACCUAUAAGUUAUUAGUGCCUUUAGUCGUUCCUGCAGAUUUUGACGAAAUUCGUUGGGAAUUGCGUUCCAAAGUUUAGCCCAGAACUGGAUGAAGAACCUUGAUUUUGAUUCAGUCCGGAAGUUUGGACAUAAUAAUUUCCAGACGAAGAAAACCUUGUCUCAUACUUGUGCUCUGAAUUAGCUUUAGUAAAGAGAUCACAGAUGUUAGACGGAGCAUUCAAACAGGAGACGUCAAACAUUAUAGAAAAUAUUUUUUCAGCAUGUAACAUUUUGUAAGGGUAGAAUGUUUGAGAAUUAAAAUAAUGGCACUGCUUGUGCUCUGGGUUCAGAAAAAUACAUCAAACGCCGGAGGGACUCGUUUUUGUAGCACGAGAAUUUUUUUUGUAAAUGGGUUUUGGCAGCUUGACCCCAAGCCACCAAACCGUAUAUCAGAUGAGGCAAUAUCAAAGAUUGAUAAAUAUUUUAAAAGGUAGUACGUGGGGCGAAGUGCCUAAGACGGGCAACAACACCAACAGUUCUGCUUACUUUUAAUGCAACAUUAUUAAAUAUGAAAUUUCCAGCUUAAAUUGCUGUCCAAUAGGACACGGAGAUAUUUAACAUUGUCUUCACACUCAAGGGCAGUAGGAAUUUGGGUACAGUUAUCGAUCUUUUCAAUGUUAACCUAGUAGUUCAACUUACGUAUAUGGACCAAAGAUAACAUAGUUUGACUUUUUAGCACUGAGCGGUAAAAGUAUUUGCAUUAAGCCAGUAGCAGACUUUGAGCAGUUCUCUAUUGGCGGUUUUUUCAAGAGAUUUUAAAUUAGCGUCAGCGUACAGCAAGUUCGUGUCAUCAGCAAAGAGAAAGAAUGAGAAUUUCGCUGAAGAGUUAUGGAUAUCGUUAAUAUAGAUCAAGAAUAACAGAGGACCAAGUACAGACCCCUGUGGGACACCACAUGAGGUCAUACAUUCGGAAGAUAAGUUAAAACCUACUUUGGUUACUUGUGAAAUAUCAAGACAGUGCGAGGCAAACCAGUCAUUGGCAAUUCCUCUGAUGCCAUAAAGAUUAAGUUUUUGAAGCAAGAUCAAGGUCGCAGGUAUCAAAGGCCUUUUUUAAGUCUAAAAAGAUCCCGCAACUGAAACGUUUUUGGUCCAUAUUGUUUUGUAUGACAUUAACAAUGUCAAUAAUGGCAUGUUGCGUGGAAUGUUUUUCGCGGAGGCCAUACUGUGACUUAAAUGAAAUAUCGUUUUUACCAAGAAAGGGUUUGAGGCGGUGUUACACUAAUUUUUCAAAUAUCCGAUUGAAAAUAGACAGUAAUGAUUUCGAACGAUAAUUACCGCGCUCAGUUUCAUCGUGUAGUUUAUAAAUGUAAAUAAAAAAAGUUCAUUAAUAAAGUUAUCUCAUAUACCUUACUAGGUAAAAGAGGAGAGAAAGUAAUAAUAAAAUAAGGAGUACUAUAGACUCUCCAUUAGUUGCUAAAAAUAUUAUCAUUAACAGCUCAAAAGAGCACGCCGGCUAAUUACUUUAUUAUCAACGCAAUUUACAUUUGGGACAAAAUUAUUGCAAAGGUAGAUCAACUCCGUAGCAUGAAUGAAAAAAAAAAAACUAAAGACUUGAAAAUCAAGUCGUCUAGGGCAUUAUAAAUUCUGCAUCCGAAGAACAGUUUUAGCAAUUUAAAAACAGUAUACUAAGAGAUGCUUUCAGACAGGAUCAAUGCCUUUCUACUCAGAACAGCCGUAGGAAAUUGUAGACUAGUCCAAUUUGUGUCCUUAAAUUUAAUUCAAUUCUUUUUCAAACACACUUGUGCACCUCAGUAGUAAGAGUGGGAGAAUCAUAACAACGUCUUGCCUUUUAACAUUUGUUAUCCAUGAAUUAAAGGUUAUGUAUCAGUCACCGCCGUCCAUUGACCAUUCACUGAAAUUAGACUUUGACGUACAUAGAGAGAGGGAGCUUUCAGUAACACACUUCAUACUAUCAAGCGUUUGGACCUUGUACCUUUGUACCUUUGUCUAGCUGAGAGAGGUAGAAUCAUGAAAGCAGAUAAGUUGUUGCGGACAGGACACGCUUUUGCGAAACUUCACCUUGCAGAGAUCAACUUUUAAGUCAUUUAUAAAACAUUUUAACACCGUGUGUCGCAAUACAUGUUACACAUUUAAAUUUGUUUCUUUUGUUAAAGCAGUAAAACGAGAUGAUAAGAGUUUAACAGAUGACAAAUGUUGUAAGUGCUUUAAAUAUCCGCUAGUGCAUCGCUUGUGUUCCAAAACUGAUCCAUUAUAUCAGUUGUAACUUUACCAGAGUCAAAAAAUUGUCGCAAUGAGAACAAAUCUGUGGCCUGAUUUAAUAAUUGAUUUAAUUAAUAACGAUUUAAAUAAUGUAUUUUCUUUUUUAUUUUUUUUUUUGAGAAAUGGAAAUAAGUUUCUGUACAAAUAACCUGUUUACAAUGGCUUAAGUACAACUAUCCUUUUAUUGCUUGCCGGUCAAGCGGCCGGCCAUCUCCACCGAAUUUGUGACCGGCAAGCAAAAAGAAACUUGAUGAAAUGUCCUUACAACAGUGUCUAAAUACAAUACUCGAGUACUCCUUAGGAAAUAUUGGACGGCCAAUAAAGUAAUCCCAUUACAUAGUUGAUUUUAGUCACUGGACCGCUUACUCCCUGGUAACUACCCUUGUGAGAGUAAAUGGCCAUGCCAUUUACUGUCACAAGGGUGAAAAAUUGAAAACAAUGCUUAGGCAAAAUUUUGGAGGGACAGCAAAGAGCUAGUAUUAUGGUAUUUUUGAAAAAGGCCAAACCUACACAGCGUUACGCGCAACCUCGAUGGCCAAUCAUACGGCUGGCUUUCCCGAUGAGCGGAGACGAAUACUUUGCAGAGCCGACAAGGCAGAAAAUAGAAAGUUCGACUGAUGCAACCCUACUAGAUCGGCUAUUACAAGAUGCAAUGGUGGCUUUCUGUUAUUGUUGCUGUCAUAAUAUUGAUGUCCAUUUCAAGUGGGGAAAAAGAUAAUAUCAUUACUAUUAUUAUUAUUAUUAUUAUUAUUAUUAUUAUUAUUAUUAUGAAUCAUAGUAAUAAGCAAAGGAAGACAAAGUCUUGCGUUCCGAAUUCAGUUCGAUACUAAUAUAUAUAUAUAUAUAUUUAUAGGGACUCGUUUCGGGUGAGCGAUGAGAAUCGACAAGGAUCAGACAUCGGUUUUUAAGAAUCAUCUUAAACGGGAGUUCCUGUCAUGUAAAGUGUCAGUGUAAUACUAGGACUACUGGGAGAGGUAUAAGCUGUUCCAUAGAUGUAAUUAUAGCUUUUCACUAAAUUUAAUCACCUGUUUUUCAUAAUAAAAUUAAGCCAUGUAUCAGAGAAACCGCGCGUGUCCCAUUGUCAAACGAAAUUGAAGUCUAUUUUUCAGCGACACCGCGUCGUCAAAUGUUUAAAGAGCGAUAUCGAUGUUAUAUGGCUAAAGUAACUGAUGACGGCAGAGAGAAGUAUUCUUCUAGUGAAACCAUUGGCAUUAUUGUGAAACACAUUUACCUAUUUUAGUGAAAUUAAAAUUUGGGUCUUUUCAGUUAAAUUUAUAGUUCCUUGAAAUGUUUCGAUGCUUAUGCAAAUUUAAAAAGUCAGCCGCUUGAUCAAAGACCGAUGUUGCGACUAUUAAAUUAAACUGACAAGGAUAUUAAUAACCGACAUUACUAAAUAUAUUUAUAUACUCCAGCCAUUUAAAGUGCUGCCUGAGUUUACCGAAGAUGCAUGACUCUUAAGAUGCCUUUAUCAACUAUACUGACUUUCAAUUUUCACAAUUUUCAAGGACUACGGCGGCUUUUUUAAUUUAUUUUCUAAGAAAACCGCAUUCUAUACAGUGUUCUUUCACAUGAAAAAACCCUUGUGAUUAAAGCAACCCAAAUUAUCACCCGAAUUAUUAUCGAACUACUUUCUUGCAUUUCACACCUGGAAUACUGAGACAAAUUCACAAAAAACAAAAAACCUAUACUAAGGGACGAUAUCCCAAUUUAAGUUUAAAUCCAAACUAAAAGAUUGCAGCAAAAACAUUUCGUGGGUGCGAAAAGAACAUUAGACUGUUGGCAGCUCCCCCUUUUUUCCGCAAUCCGUCAAGCGAAACGUGUGAGAGUCAAGUUGAUGCGAGCCGUCACAGAUCGUCACACCAACGGAGAGUCGCGCCGUUGCAUACCUCUAAAUACAACUUCAUCGAGAAAAAGCAAAGCAAAGAUAUGAAUUCAACAGCAGCCUCAGGCACGGCGAGGAUAGCUCUUAGAUGUGAUCCAAUAAUCCCGCAUGGAACUCUCGAUCCAAAAAAUACCCCAGAAGCUUAUGGAUGGCUUGUCUUCAUUGCCGUCAUCAGCGCCAUUACUUGUCCACAUACAGUUGUUAUGAAUGCUCUGAUCAUAAUCACUGUUAAGACUAAACCCCGAGUUAAAACCAAGUUAAACAUUGCGCUCUCCUGUUUGUCGACUACAGAUUUGGCAAUGGGAGUAAUCGGUCAACCUCUUUUUAUCUCAGGGGUGAUCGCAGAGCUCCAAGGUUACGCCUCCAGUACUUACUGUUUACGAAAAGAAUUAGGUGUUCUUGCUAUAGCAUUGUCAGGUAAUGCAUCCUUAUUUCACAUUAUCUUGGUGAAUGCAGAGAAGUACAUUGCCAUUAGACGUCCUCUGCAGUACGAAACCAUGGUCACCGAAGCUCGUUUAAUAGGUUUGUCUGCUCUCUUGUGGAUAACAGUCCUAUUCAUACAGUUAAUCAUGCCUGCUGCUAACAUAGAUGACCAAACAAACGCUCAGGUUGACGGUAGUGUAGCUUUCUUAAGCAUAGCCAUCAUUUCCUUCUGCCAAGUGAUGAUUUAUCUCGAAACACGUCGUCAGAAGAAAAAGAUCGCUGCUCAGCAAGUUUCGUUGGAGGCCAAAGAGAAAUUCUUGAAACAGAAAAAAGCUUUUAAAGUGAGUGUAACCGUCCUUUCCUAA